AUGAACCUACCUCCGCCGAACCCGCCCUUCGUUUUUCCAGCUCGCUCGUCACCAUUUUCGGCGCCUUCAUCUUUCUCUCGGGCAACGGGACGACGACCUCAGUCUGCGAUAGAAUUUGGCUUUGCUGGCGGAAUGGGAGAUUCUCCCUCCAGAUCGCCGGGUUUGCCCGACUUUAGUUUCAACCCGGGCGCCGAUCCUAGUCCGAAUCCCAGCAGUCAGCGAUCCAGAUCUCCAGCUCUACCGGAUUUCGCAUUCAAUCCAGGUGCGACUCUCGGGCCCGAUGAGUCUCUCCUCAGUCCUCCAAUUUCUCCUCCGUCGCCUAUGAUGCACCCCAACCGUGGUGGCCAUCGACGAGGUGGGAGUGAGUUCGUAGGCGGUAAACUCAAAGGAGGAGGGUCUAUUACUGUAAUGAGUACGAGCCCAACUAGAUCUGAUGUUGGCAAUACGUCCCCCAAGCUCUCGCCCGCAGAUGUUCCGCCAAGAAGAGGACAUGCACACCGUCGUUCCGCCGCCAUCUCUAGUCACGAUCUGACUAUGAUACUUAAGCCAAAUAACCCGGUUUCGAGGGGCAGUAGUGCGCCCGCUAGCCCGGCUGAUUCUGACGAGAAGUUUCGCAAUUUUCCCGAGCCAAAGACCGAACCUCCCAAACCCGAGAUUGUUUCCCAACAGGCAAGCGCGGAAGAAAUUCAGGAAGUAUUUGUUCAGCCUACGCAGGAGUCCCCUCCAUCGCCAAGGGCCGCCGCACGCGCGCGAGUUGGGUUCUCCGAUACGCUUGAAUUCAUUCCCCGCCCUCUGUCGUUGGUUUCAACCGACACAUCAAGCACGGUGACAGUUCGUCCUGGCCACCGAGUUUCAGGGAGCAUGUCAUCCAUCGUUUCGACGAAUUUAGCAUCUACGGACCGUGAUACUUCUAGUGUGCUCGGGUCACCUGGUUCUCGUGCGAAGAAUGAUUCGCGCCCUAGCACCGCAGGCGCUGUUUUAGAGCGUUCCCCGAGUCUUAUCGUACUCACUGGAGAUUCUUUAUCACGUAGGCGCAAUUCGAUUCCCUUGCUAACGGAAAUCCCCAAACGUAGCUCAGGGUCGCCUACAAAUACGAGCCCUUCAAAAACCCCUAGGAGAUGGUCUUUUUUCGGACUCGAACCUUUCGCGGCAACUAAUUCACCCACGAAAUCGACAUCACUUAGCUUAGGUUUAUCUAAAGCAGUGGAGAAGCGACCUGAGCCCGCUAAUCUAUCACCGGAAUCCGAAUGGGUGUCAACCGGAGACGAAUUGUCUCGUCCAGAAAGUAGGAAGGGUUCGAUAAGAAAGAAGAAGCAGAAAAGGGUUAGGUCGUGGGCUGGCUCUAUUUUAACAAGGAAAUCGAAAACUCGUAAAUCAAAGUCAGUGCGCCGUCGUUCGGCCACGCCACCAGUAUAUCAAGAACCGGUUAUCGAAGAUUUCGGUGAUUAUCUUAUGGAAGUACCCGAAGCACCUAUUGCACCGGUGGUCUUGGUGACUGAGCCCGAGCCCGAUCCAAAUACAGCAGAGCUGGGUCGAACAUCUGAAGAUGAUAUAUCUUAUCCUAUGAUCGAUCUUGACGCGGCUCUUGGCCCGUUUAAUACACCUUCCUCUCGUGAUCCCCAAUGGGAUGAGGCGCAAAAGACCGGCGCCCCACCAAAGCGCCAGCUGCACAGUGCUGCUGGCUUAAGGGGUUUCAGCGGACCAGGGAUGCAUUAUCACCGCCGUGCUGAGAGUGCUCCUGAGAUGCCUCCCUUCGAAGCCGUACGAUUUGGCAUUCACCGCUUCGGCAGUUCUUCGACUAUGGCCGAUGUGUUUGAAGAAGACGAAGAGGAAGAAGGGGAGGAUACGAGCGCAAGAACCCCAUCUGAAGAAUCUUCCACGGACGCCCAAGAUGCUUCAGCUGAUGAAAGUGAGUCGACGUCAAGUACUGAGGACGACGCAGUUUCGACGCCUACGCAAGAACGUGAUCAUGGUAAAGCUAGUCCAAAGGAUGUCGUACCAACGCCUACCUUGGUGGCACGUAAAGGCAGCGGGUCAAGCUUGGACAUACAACGACCAGUAUCUAGGAUGAGGACCGAAAACCUUUGCGAAGAAAUUAUUCUAGAAGAACCCAACUACAGUACGCCUAGACGUGCCACCCAUUUCAUGGGCGCCCCGGGCACCCCUGAUUCAGAAGCCCCAUCUCCCCGCCAGAUUCUAAACACAGAUAUCGAUCCGAUGGAUGUAAGCAAUGGAGCGUUCCCUGCUUCUUCGACUAUGCCAGCUACCCCAUAUUCGCUGAGCUAUUCAUCCUCUUUUCCAUCCCCUCGUUCGCCAAUGUCUUAUGACGCUCAACGAAUCUCAACUGCCCCAUCUUCGAUCGCUGAUGAGAACACCUACCACUCACUAUUGAUGGGCGAACCUGGACCAGAGUUGGUCCGAAUAUCUGUUGAUGUUCCGUCUCUAACGAGUAGUAAUUCGACUAUGACACGGGAUAGCACUUUCACGCCGGGCGUUCAGCCUAGGAAUAUGCCCUUCCAUGAUCAACGGCCUGCUUCGUUUAGCGCCGCAGCAUUCGGCCGCCGAAGAUCCAGUUUGGUCAGUCUCAGCCGGCUCAUUAGUAGCGCCCACGGAGAACGGAGCAAGCUGAGCAUGGAGGUCCCUCUUGACUCGGAUCCGGAAGGCAAGCCCAAGAACAAAUCAAAACGUCUUAGUCGCAUAAUGCAAUUCUGGAAGCCGAAGGGAUCGGCUAAGCCUUAG